GAUGGUAAAAAAAAUGUUAAGAAUAAAUUUUAGAAAUUAAAAAAAAGAACGAAAAAAACCCAGACUUUCUCUUUCUUUGCUUUUGUAUUGUGUCUAUUUUUUUAACUGUUCUCUAUUUGUGAACUCGUUAUGAUAACUCUCUUUCUGUGUGUUUUAUAUUUGAUUUGGGAGUAGCUUUCAUUUGGGUUUCAUUAUCAUACUCUGAAUUUUAAGGUAUCUUAGGAGAACUGUUUUCCUUUUCUUGUUUUCCAUUUUUAUGGAAAUUUGUUUUUUUAUUUAUUUGUUUAAUUUUUUUGACAGUUAAGGAAAGGACACUUGUUUUUUUUCGUUGGAUACAGUUAAUACCUUAUUUUGAUCUGAUCUCCGUACUCUUUCUCAAUUUUCCUUUUUCUCAUCAAAAUUUCAUUUGAAUAUUACUAGUAAUAAUACUCUUUUUUUUUUUUAUCAUCUUCUUUAAUUUUGGUUUGAAUAAAUUGAUAUUCAAGAUCUGAUUCUUUUCUAUCACUCAAUUUCCAUUUUUGAAAUCUGGGUUUUUUUUUUUCUUUUGAUACUUGGUAAAUAAGAAAGCCAAAAGCUUUUACUUACUUUUGAAGUGUGAGUUAGCCUAGUAGCAUUACUACAUUUUCUGGGUUUUAGUUAUGUUGGGGCAAAAUUGGGUUCAAUGGUGAAGUGUUAAAGUGACGAUAAUGCUUCUUGGGAUGAGAAGAAGGUGGGUUUGGUGUUAGUAAUAAAGUGGGAGUUCUUCAGCAUUUGCAAUUUUAGCAAAGGAGACCGAGGAGCAAGCUAAAGUGGGUUUUGUCGGUAAUGUCAAAGUCUCCCUCCCCUGAACCGCAAGACUGUGGACCCUCAUCUUCUUCUAAGCCGAGGGAAUCAUAUGGAAUCACUGCAGCGGAUGAUCUUGAUGAUACAGUGGGUACAGUUGCUCGUUUUAUCGAGCAACUGCAUGCCAACAUGUCUUCACCAAGUGAGAAAGAACUUAUAACAGUGCAGAUGCUGGGUAUUGCCAGAGCAAGAAAGGAAGCAAGAGCAAUUAUUGGUUCACAUGGACAAGCAAUGCCACUGUUCAUAUCCAUUCUUAGGAGUGGCACCCCUAUAGCAAAACUCAAUGUUGCUGCAAUUCUGACUGUGUUAUGCAAAGAUGAGGACUUACGGCUAAAGGUGCUUCUUGGUGGAUGCAUUCCACCAUUACUCUCACUUUUGAAGUCUGAAUCAACUGAGACCAGGAAGGCAGCAGCAGAGGCAAUAUUUGAAGUUUCGUCUGGUGGUCUUUCAGAUGAUCAUGUUGGUAUGAAAAUAUUUGUUACAGAAGGUGUAGUGCCAACUUUAUGGGAACAGCUCAGUCCAACAAACAAACAGGACAAAGUGGUAGAAGGUUUUGUUACUGGAGCUUUGAGGAACCUCUGUGGUGAGAAGGAUGGCUAUUGGAGAGCUACACUGGAGGCUGGAGGAGUAGAUAUCAUUGUGGAUCUUCUCUCUUCUGAUAAUGCUGCUGCUCAAUCCAAUGCUGCUUCCCUUUUGGCCCGGUUGAUGUUGGCAUUCAGUGAUAGCAUCCCAAAAGUAAUAGAUUCUGGAGUUGUCAAAGUCUUGCUUCAUCUUGUAGGUAAGAAUAAUGAUACUUCUGUCCGUGCGAGUGCUGCAGAUGCUUUGGAAGCUCUUUCUUUAAGGUCAAGUGCAGCAAAGAAGGCCAUUGUAGAUGCGAAUGGUGUUCAUAUUCUCAUUGGGGCUAUAGUUGCUCCUUCUAAAGAGUGCAUGCAAGGAGAGCAUGCCCAGGCUCUGCAGGGACAUGCGACACAUGCUUUAGCAAAUAUUUGCGGAGGGAUGUCUGAUUUGAUACUGUAUCUUGGAGAACUAUCACGAUCUUCUUGCUUAGCUGCAGCUGUCGCUGACAUAGUAGGAGCACUUGCUUAUGCUCUAAUGGUGUUUGAGCAGACUUCUGGUCUCGAUGAGGAACCCUUUGAUAUAGCACAAGUAGAGGAUGUAUUAGUUAUGUUACUCAAGCCUCGUGAUAACAAACUAGUCCAAGAUCGUGUCCUUGAGGCCAUGGCAAGCUUGUAUGGUAACACCCACCUCUCACGAUGGCUCAAUCAUGCGGAAGCAAAACGGGUGCUUAUUGGGCUCAUAACAAUGGCUGCUGCUGAUGUUCAUGAACAUCUAAUACUUUAUUUAACCAGCUUAUGCUGUGAUAAAGUUGGUGUUUGGGAAGCUAUUGGUAACAGAGAAGGUAUUCAGUUGCUCAUAUCAUUGUUGGGCCUAUCCAGUGAACAGCACCAAGAGUAUGCAGUACAAUUGUUGGCCAUCUUGACUAAUCAGGCUGAUGACUGUAAGUGGGCCAUUACUGCUGCUGGUGGGAUUCCUCCAUUGGUGCAGUUAUUGGAGACAGGAUCUCAGAAGGCUAGGGAGGAUGCAGCUCAUAUUCUAUGGAAUUUAUGCUGUCACAGUGAAGAUAUUUGUGCCUGUGUUGAAAGUGCAGGUGCAGUACCGGCAUUCUUAUGGCUUUUAAGAAUUGGUGGACCAAAAGGGCAAGAAGCAUCAGCUAAGGCUCUUAAAAAGCUUGUCCGAACCGCUGAUUCUGCCACUAUUAAUCUGUUAUUAGCUUUGCUCCUGGGAGAUACUUCAAGCUCAAAGGCCCAUAUAAUUAGAGUUUUGGGCCACGUACUCACAAUGGCACUGCAUGAGGAUCUUGUGCAUAAGGGAUCUGCUGCUAACAAAGGACUGAAAUCUCUUGUUCAGGUUCUCAACUCCGCAAAUGAAGAAACUCAAGAGUAUGCAGCUUCUGGCCUAGCUGAUCUAUUUAGCACAAGACAAGAUAUAUGUGAUAGUCUUGCAACUGAUGAAAUUGUGCAUCCUUGUAUGAAGCUUCUGACCAGCAAGGCUCAAGAUGUUGCAACACAAUCGGCUCGAGCAUUGGGUGCUCUAUCUCGCCCAACCAAGUCAAAAACUGCUAAUAAAAUGGCUUACAUUGCAGCAGCAGACGUCAAGCCUCUAAUUAAAUUAACAAAAACUUCACUCAUAGGUGCUGCUGAAACAGCUGUUUCUGCCUUGGCCAAUCUCCUCUCUGAUUCCCAUAUUGCUGCAGAAGCACUGGCUGAAGAUAUUGUUUCGGCUUUGACAAGAGUGCUCGGAGAUGGAACUUCAGAAGGUAAGAAGAAUGCAUCAAGGGCUCUUUAUCAAUUACUCCAGUAUUUUCCAGUAGGUGACGUGCUUAUAGGAAAUUCUCAGUGUCGUUUUGCUGUUCUUUCACUUGUUGAUUCCUUAAAUGCAAUGACUAUGGGCACCACUGAUGCUGCUGACACUUUAGAGGUAGUUGCACUCUUGUGUAGAACAAAAAAGGGCAUCAAUUUAAGUUAUCCACUUUGGUCUACACUUGCCGAGUCUCCCUCAAGUUUAGAGCCUCUUGUGCGAUGCCUUGCUGAGGGGCCUCCUGUAUUGCAAGAUAAGUCCAUAGAAAUUUUGUCUAGGCUUUGUGGGGAGCAACCAGUUCUUCUCAGUGAUCUAUUGGUUGCAAGAUCAAGUUCUAUUGGUUCACUAGCCAAUAGAACAAUGAAUUCUACUAGUUUGGAAGUCAGAGUUGGAGGGGCUGCACUUCUUACAUGUAGUGUGAAAGAACACAAACAGCAGUCAUUGGAUGUACUUGAUCAAUCCGGGUGCUUAACACCUCUAGUAGAAGCUUUAGUGGAAAUGGUGAAGAGGAAUACGAGAUGUACCUCUUUAGAAGUUGAAGUCAGUGCCCCAAGAGACUUUAUUGAGAGAACUGCAUUCCAGGAAGGCAAGGAGUUUGAUGUUCCUGAUCCAGCUACUAUAUUGGGUGGAACUGUUGCUUUAUGGUUAUUGUCAAUACUAUCUUCCUGCCUUUCGAAAAAUACAAUUACCAUAAUGGAAGCUGGUGGACUUGAGGUGCUUUCUGACAAGCUUGCAAGCUAUGCUUCCAAUCCCCAGGCAGAACUUGAGGAUACUGAAGGUAUAUGGAUUAGCGCCCUGCUUCUGGCUGUCUUGUUCCAAGAUGAAAAUGUUGUUUUGUCUCCUGAAACCAUGUGUAUCAUACCUUUGCUGGCUCUUCUGCUGAGAUCUGAAGAGGUUAUUAACAGAUACUUUGCUGCUCAGGCAAUGGCUAGUCUAGUUUGUAGUGGGAGCAAGGAAAUAAAUCUUGUCAUUGCAAAUUCAGGUGCGAUUGCUGGGUUGAUAACGUUGAUUGGAUACAUGGAAUCAGAUAUGCCUAACUUAUUUGCUUUGUCCAAAGAAUUUUCUCUAGGACAGAAUCCGGGUCAAGUUAUUCUAGAAACUCUCUUUGAAAUUGAAGAUGUUAGAGUUGGCUCUGCUGCACGGAAAUCUAUUCCUCUUUUAGUGGAUCUCUUGAAACCAAUACCAGAUAGGCCCGGAGCCCCUCCAAUUGCUGUUCAACUCUUAACCCGCAUAGCAGAUGGAAGUGAUACAAAUAAAUUAAUUAUGGGUGAAGCUGGAGCUCUUGAUGCAUUAACAAAAUAUCUAUCUUUAAGCCCUCAAGACUCAACAGAGGCUGAUAUAUGUGAAUUACUAAGAAUAUUAUUUGGCCAUCAGGAUCUUAUUCGAUAUGAAGCAUCGCUUAGCUCAUUGAAUCAACUUAUAGCUGUUCUGCGCCUGGGUUCAAAAAACGCUAGAUUCAGUGCUGCAAGGGCUCUCCAUCAAAUUUUUUAUGCUGAAACUGUUAGAGAUUCUGAAUUAGCUAGGCAGGCAGUACAACCACUGGUUGACAUGCUUUCUGCUGCAUCUGAGAGUGAGCAAGAGGCUGCUCUUGUUUCCUUGAUCAAAUUAACUUCAGGAAAUACUUCAAAAGAGGCUAUAAUGACCGAUGUUGAAGGAAACCCACUUGAGAGUCUAUACAAAAUUUUAUUGUCUGCUUCAUCUUUGGAAUUGAAAAGGGAUGCUGCACAACUUUGUUUUAUUCUCUUUGGAAUUUCUAAAUUUAGAUCAAAUCCGUUAGCCUCUGAAUGCAUACAGCCACUUAUUUCUCUAAUGCAGUCUGAUAGUUGUGCAGCUUUGGAGUCCGGAAUCUGUGCUUUUGAGAGAUUGUUAGAUGAUGAGCAGCAUGUGGAGCUUGCAGCAGCAUAUGACAUUGUGGAUCUCCUUGUUGGCUUGAUUUCUGGGAGAAACCAUCUGAUUAUUGAGGCCAGUGUAUGUGCACUCAUAAAGUUGGGGAAAGACUGCACACCGCGCAAAUUAGACAUGGUCAAAGCUGGUGUUAUUGAUAAUUGUCUCGAGGAACUCCCUCUUGUGUCCAGUUCAUUGUGCUCCUCAAUUGCUGAGUUGUUCCGGAUUUUGACAAAUAAUAAUGCCAUUGCUAGAAGUUCAGAUGCUGCAAAAAUAGUGGAGCCUCUUUUCAUGGUUUUACUUCGUCCAGAUUUCAUUUUGUGGGGACAGCACAGUGCCUUGCAAGCACUUGUAAAUAUCUUGGAGAAGCCACAAAGCCUUGCAACUCUGAAAUUGACUCCCAGUCAAGUCAUUGAACCUCUGAUUUCAUUUUUGGAAUCACCAUCGCAAGCUAUCCAGCAACUUGGAACUGAAUUAUUGACUCAUCUUCUUGCACAGGAACAUUUUAAGCAAGACAUCACGACAAAAACUGCAGUUGUGCCACUUGUGCAGCUUGCGGGAAUUGGUAUACUGAAUCUGCAGCAAACAGCUAUUAAAGCUUUGGAAAAGAUCUCUUCAAGUUGGCCAAAGGCAGUUGCUGAUGCUGGAGGUAUUUUUGAGCUUGCAAAAGUCAUCAUUCAAGAUGAUCCUCAUCCUCCUCAUGUGGUUUGGGAAUCAGCUGCUUUGGUUCUCUCCAACGUUCUGCGUUUCAAUGCCGAGUACUAUUUUAAAGUUCCUAUAAUUGUUCUGGUCAAAAUGUUGCAUUCCACACUUGAGAGCACCAUUACUGUGGCUCUUAAUGCCUUAAUCGUCCAUGAAAGGAGCUAUCCUUUAAGUGUUGAACAAAUGACUGAAGCAGGAGCUAUAGAUGCAUUGUUGGAUCUUCUAAGAUCUCACCAAUGUGAAGAAGCUUCUGGAAGACUGCUUGAAGCUUUAUUUAACAAUGUAAGGGUACGAGAGAUGAAGGUUUCUAAGUAUGCCAUUGCACCCUUAGCACAGUAUUUGUUAGACCCACAGACAAGAUCUGAGUCUGGGAGGCUCCUUGCAACUUUAGCUCUUGGAGACCUCUCCCAGCAUGAAGGACAUGCUAGAGCGAGUGAUUCUGUUUCUGCAUGUCGUGCACUUGUAAGGUUACUCGAGGAUCAGCCAACAGAAGACAUGAAAAUGGUUGCAAUUUGUGCAUUGCAAAACUUUGUUUUGCGGAGUCGAACUAAUAGGCGAGCUGUAGCUGAAGCCGGUGGCAUAUUAGUAAUUCAGGAACUUCUGCUUUCUCCUAAUGCUGAUGUUGCUGUGCAGGCAGCAUUGCUUAUCAAAUUCUUAUUCUCUAAUCACACCCUUCAGGAAUAUGUAUCAAAUGAGCUCAUCAGAUCAUUGACAGCUGCCCUAGAGAGAGAUUUGUGGUCUGCUGCAACUAUUAAUGAAGAAGUCUUGAGAACAUUGAAUGUGAUAUUUGCCAACUUUCCUAAGCUCCAUAUUUCUGAAGCGGCUACCUUGUGUAUUCCCCAUCUCAUAGGAGCACUGAAGUCCGGGGGUGAGGGUGCCCAGGAAGCUGUAUUAGACACCCUCUGCUUGUUAAAACAUUCUUGGUCAACCAUGCCUAUAGAAAUUGCGAAAUCUCAGUCCAUGAUUGCAGCUGAAGCAAUUCCUAUUUUGCAAAUGCUGAUGAAAACCUGUCCUCCGAGCUUCCAUGAGAGAGCAGACAACCUGUUGCACUGCUUACCAGGGUGUUUGACUGUUACCAUCAAGCGGGGGAACAACCUAAAGCAAGCCAUGGGAGCCACUAAUGCAUUUUGCCGAUUGACAAUAGGGAAUGGUCCUCCCAGGCAAACCAAGGUUGUGAGCCACAGUACUUCUCCAGAAUGGAAAGAAGCCUUUACAUGGGCUUUUGACGUGCCCCCGAAGGGACAAAAACUCCAUAUCAUUUGCAAAAGUAAAAAUACUUUCGGGAAGACAACUCUAGGAAGAGUGACUAUACAAAUAGACAAAGUCGUGACCGAGGGAGUAUACAGCGGUUUAUUCAGCCUGAACCAUGAUAGCAACAAAGAUGGGUCUUCGAGAACGCUUGAAAUCAAGAUUAUCUGGACAAACAUGAUUUCGAACGAAGAUAGCAUAUAAAAUGGUUACAAAGCUUAUUUGUCUACAUACAAGCAACCACCAUGAAACCAGGUGCAGAAAUUUACAGCUGAAGGAUAUAAUGUUAAUACUAUCAGGUACAGCUACCGGUUCCCAUUUGCUUGUGUAGGUAAAUUGUUAUAUAUAUCUAUCCAUCCAAGGUCCAGUUUUGCAGUAAAUGCUUAGCAUGUAGAGUAUGAAAAUGUUUAUUAAAUUGAGAUUAAAAAGGAGAAUCAGAGAGGUUCCCUAAAUAUGUAGGGGAAUAUAAAAGCUGUUUAGGCGUUUUGUUUUGUACAGAUAAGUUGUUAGGGAGUAGCAAAGCAGUGUCAUGUUAAGGGGGAAAAUGGCAUCGCAAAAAUGUGGUGAAAUGGGGGCAUUUUUGCACCAAGUAUUGCCUUGAAUAAUGAUGGAAAUGGCUGAAUUUGUGCUUCUUCCUUA